GACGUCUGCUAAGAGAGUACCGUUUCAGUUUUCUUAUAGGUAUCUUGCCUUAGCCUACAGCACAGCGAGUCACGGACGGUCAUAGAAUACACGGAAUACACAGCGAGUAAACUUAACAAUUUUGUGAUUGUUUUUACGGCUUUGAAAGUUUGUUGGACGCAAGGCAGUAUACCGUUGUUGUUUUUACGGCUUUGAAAGUUUGUUGGACGCAAGGCAGUGUACCGUUGGACGCCUGGGUCUCAAGGCUGAGCGUCCUAACCCAGCAAGCAAGCAAGGCUUCGAAAGUCAGCUUCAUUUUGAUUGGUAGGUUUCAAUGAUGGAUUUGAAUUAUGCCGAAGAACAGGCUAAUGAGUUGGAAGUUCUCCAGUCAAUGUAUCCAGAUGAGCUUGAAGUGGUGGGUCCCGGCCAGUUCCAGAUCACUGUGAAGAGCCAGGACUAUGACCUGGCACCAGAGAAUGGCUGCCGAUGUUUGUUGGCUAUCUCCUGUCCAGAACGCUACCCAGACGAGGUGCCGCAGCUCGAGAUCCUAGAGGAGCCAGAAAACUGUACACCUCUGGAGGUGGAACAACUCAUGGAGAUGAUGCAGGCAGAGGCCGAGGCCAACGUGGGCAUGGUAAUGAUCUUCACAAUCGUGUCGGCGGCUGGUGAGUGGCUCAACUGCCACUGCGACGAGCUGCAGCGCAGGAAGGAGGAGGAGGCGGAGCGGAUUAAGCGCGAGGUCGAGGAGGCCGAACGGAAACGGUUCGAGGGUACGCGUGUGACGGUGGAGUCAUUUCUCGUGUGGAAGGAGAACUUUGAGCGCGAGAUGAACGCGCUACGGGCCGAGAAGGCGCGCCAACUGGAGGCGGCGCGGCGCAGCAAGCUGUCCGGCCGCGAGCUCUUCCAGAAGGACAACACGCUCGACAACUCCGACAUCAAGUUCCUUGAGGACGCUGGGGAAGAUGUCAAGGUCGACGAGUCGCUCUUCCAAGACCUGGAUGAUCUGGGCCUGGACGACGAACUGGCCGAGUUGAGUGAUUCAUGAUUUACUUUUGGUAAGUGCACGCAAUAGGUUAUGAACGACAGCUGGGCUCGGCAUGUUGCUCUGCCGGAAAGGGAGGUGAGCUCCUUCGCCCCAAACAUGCCGUUCGAAUGUCUGUUCCGCGGUGUUAAAUGAGCCAGUUGCACCUUGUUAAAAUGGCUCCGCUGCUGACACAAGAAAUCGAUCCCAGAGUGAUAAACAUCUGCGGCGAAUACACGAGAGCGGACGUCUAAAUCUGUGACUGCUCGGUGCGUUUCUGCCUUGUGAUUUCGCCCUGGUGGCGGUGCAGCGAAGCUUCAGUUUUGAGCACCGCCGUGUAAUUGUAGGUGACGUUUCACAUGGGUGAUUGUUCCACUGAAUUUUUGGAACCGUAUCGUGUGUGAACGAUGCUGUCGCUGUGUCAAGGAGCUCUUGGCCAUGGGAGCUUCACGUCAAGGUUACAGCGGCGUUUUGUGAUGUUGUUUUUGGUUAAAGUCUACCAUGGUUUGUGCUGAGUGUGGCGCGUAAGAGGAAGGGGGACACCGAUAGCGAACACGCUGGAGUAAACCUCCAUGAUUAUCUAUUAGGUUGGACACCUGUGUGAGUCAGAAAGCUAUUUUCAAGUGUUCAAUACAUUUUUGUGAAAUCCUUUCGAAA